AUGCUGACGAGCAUUCAACAUAGGAAUCUCGUUCGCCUCGUCGGAUGCUGCUCAGAAGGCUCCCAGCGCCUGCUUACCAUAUCGAUUGCAUUGCUUGCUCGUGUCACACUCAUCAUUUUAACAAACGGUAAUGGAACAGGGAAGAACGAGCUAUGUUUAGACUGGCAGACGCGAUUCCAAAUCAUUGUAGGAAUCGCACGAGGAUUGCAGUACCUGCAUGAGGACUCCAACUUGAGGAUUGUUCAUAGAGAUAUCAAGGCCAGCAACAUCCUCCUCGAUGAGAAAUUUCAACCUAAGAUCAGCGACUUCGGUUUGGCCAAGUUCUUCCCAGAGGAUCAAACUUAUCUCAGCACAAGAUUUGCAGGAACUCUAGGGUAUUGUGCACCUGAAUAUGCUAUGAGAGGAGAGCUUUCUGCAAAAGCCGACAUCUAUAGCUUCGGUGUUAUUGUGCUGGAGAUCAUCUGUUGCAGAACCAACACAGACCUUUCUCUUCCGAUCGAGAUGCAAUAUCUUCCGGAAUAUACAUGGAAGCUAUAUGAAAGAUCAAGGCUGAAUGAAAUAGUGGAUCCAAAAUUACUAGAAGGAGCAGUGGAGAAAGAAGUGUUGCAGGUGUGCCAAAUUGCUCUGCUGUGCCUUCAGCCAUAUCCAGACUUGAGGCCCCCAAUGUCUGAAAUAGUGGCCAUGCUGACUUGCAGGGCUGAGAUAUCUUCGACUCCUGUGAAACCAACAUUUUUGGAGAGGAAAGCUAGGGUUAGCAUCAGGUCUCCAUCACCCUAGUUUGUUCAUGUCAGAAUAUCUCUCUCUCAAUAUAUGCAUAUAUAUGGCAACUGCAGCUAGCGCAACCCCUAAUUAGAUCUUCCAGAUUUGGAUAGGAACUGUAAGGUUGUAUAUUUCGAGGGGGAAGGUUUGAGCAAAUUGAAUAAAGAUA